AUGAAUGGAAGACCCUGUAACAUAAACCACAGGGCGUCAGGAACUCCCCAGGGCUCGGCCUUGAUUAGCGGACAACAGAUCCCCCCCAUCAUCAUCCAGGCAGAGACACCAUGCCCGUCAUCAAACAGCGCAACGCCAAGUCCCGCGACUGGGAUGCUGGCGAAUAACAUGCACCCGAAACUGUUCCUGAACGGCUAUCAGCACCCUACCGUCACACCCCAGAACAGCAGCAUGCCCGAAAAUGCCAUCCAUUUACCAGCUUUAAGUCCCAGAAGGCACGUGGUAACAAAACAUACUUUUCAAAUCCCCCAGCCUCUGGGGCAUCCAACCAGCUUAUCCUCAAAACCAAAACAGACGGAAUUUGAAGCUCCUUAUCCACCUGGUCCAGGAAGAGGUUACCUAGGUUUUGGACCGCAAUGCAAAGCCAUUGGGAAGACCACCAGCAACAAUCUAGUGGUGACGAGCAGUCCCAUGACAGUCCAGAGAACGGGACUUCUAUCAAACCAGACAAUCUUCCAGAGCAACCACUUCAAUCGCACUCUAUAUCGGCAGAUGCACCCAAAUCUAAACAUUCCUGCGUCAGAUACAAGAUCCAUUACCUCUGGAGGAUCGUUAGGCUCAACUGCACUAAGUCUUAUAGAAAGCCAAUCAACGUUGAAUGUGAAGCAGGAGUGGCCUCAUGGUUACUCAAUCCUUCCAUCCCUCCCAUCAAACCAAGGUUCUCAGAAUGGCAGCGAACUUGGGGACAUGCUGAGCAUACCACCUGGAACUGCCAUGUCAAAUAACAGCACCUCCAACUCUUUGCCAUCCUACCUGUUUGGGAAUGAGAACAGUUCUCGAAAUUCUGCCCGCUCUAACUCUGCUCGAUCGAGGAAAAGAGGUCUUUCCACCUCCCCAUUUUCAGACGGAGUUGGAAUAGACCUAAUUAUUCGUACAUCCCCCACGUCAUUGGUUGCCUACAUCAAUGGCUCCAGAGGAUCACCAGCUGAUGUUUCCCCUCAGUCUGAAGUGUGUGGGCACUUCCUUGGAGUGAGAGGUAGCUGCAUCCCUCAAGCCUACAAUACAUCAUGUAAAGAGCGUAAUCUCUUUACACUCACCGACAUUGAAGCUAGUAAUGGUGUGUACCAGAGGAUGCAACAACUGGAGCAGUCUUCCCUGCACCCCAUGGUGAUGAACAACAUGGUUGUUCAACAGGGUAUCUCGGUGAUUGGUAAUCAGCAGUAUGACACAUUUAAAAAUGAUCAAGUGGAUGAAUUCUCGUCAGGCAUGGAAAUUCCUACACUGCCCCAGGGUCCUCCACCACCUUACCAUGCCCACCAGCACCUCAUGCCCCAUUCCCAGCCACAUGGACAGUCCUCCCCACAAGGGACACAGCUGGAUGAGGAUGGUGAGCCUUCGAGAGUGAAUGGAAAGCACUGCUGUCGCUGGAUAGACUGCAACGCAAUGUACGAUGAACAGGAGGAGCUUGUGCGGCAUAUUGAAAAAGCGCAUAUAGACCAACGUAAAGGAGAGGACUUUACUUGCUUCUGGGCUGGUUGUCCACGCCGAUACAAGCCAUUUAAUGCUCGCUACAAGCUAUUGAUCCAUAUGAGAGUGCAUUCAGGAGAAAAGCCAAACAAGUGUACGUUUGAAGGCUGCAAUAAAGCUUUUUCAAGACUGGAAAAUCUCAAGAUUCACCUACGAAGUCACACAGGGGAGAAACCUUACCUUUGUCAGCAUCCGGGAUGCCAAAAAGCUUUUAGCAACUCAAGUGACCGUGCCAAGCAUCAGAGAACACAUCUCGACACAAAACCGUAUGCAUGUCAGAUCCCAGGUUGCACUAAGCGGUACACUGACCCAAGCUCUCUCCGAAAGCACGUGAAGGCACAUUCCACAAAAGAACAGCAGGCAAGAAAAAAGUUAAGAUCCAGCAAUGAGCCAGACCAGGAAAUGUUGAAUGACUGUCUCACUAUCCAACCACUGCAGCCUGCUACAUCACCACAAGAUGCUGUGGACAGUACAAUCGGCCAGUCACCUGGACAUCCCCAUGACAUGUAUUCAGGAAUAUUUUCCAGCACCCAUUCAAGCCGAUGUGGAACAGCAACAGGUAUUAUUCCUUCCAGCCAUCCCCCAAGCCAACCUUCCCCUGUGCAUAAUGUGCAAGGGAGCGCCCACAACGCACAGACGCAGCUCCCCCCACUCCCGGUGGUGGAAGAGGGCAGUGAGAGAUUUGCAUCCUCCGCUCCUUCUCCUCAUCACAUCAGUCCCAGAAGAAUUGCAGCAGCUCCACCCCUGAUGCACAGAAGGACAUCACAGCCACCUCAAGUACAACAGUUUUCAGGGUCCCACCUCAAACCAUACCCACCCAUCACAGCUUCUUCCGCACAACCAAGCAGUAUCCAUGUCCAAGGUUACUACGGCCAACUGCAGACAUUCUACCCUCCUCAGUAUAGUGAAACCUCUAGGAAUAUAGGCCAAGCUAGUCCUCGCAAUAUGGUGCCUUCGUUUGAAGAAUGUCUACUUCCCACAAGUGUGGGACAAGCUGGAUUUGAUGCCUUCCACAGAGCAUUAUCUGCUCAUCCCAGUUUUCCAGCUUACGACUUUCAAGCAACUUCCCCUGGGAUUUUUGGUGACUCUGUACGCAAUUGUCCUGAGGACAGUAGUUUUCUCCAGAUUAAUGCAAUCGACCGUUGUCCCAGCCAGCUGUCUUCCAUUUACACGGAGGGUUGA